AACUGGGGAUCACUGGCCUCCGUUCUCCAAUCAGCAGACUCAACUCUGAGAGAGCUGGACCUGAGGAACAGUGUGCUGUUUUAUGAUGUUGAUGAUGACAGGCUGAGGGUACUUUUUGCUGCACUGAAACAWCCRCUGGAGAUACUGAGGCUCAAUAGAUGUUCCCUGACAGAGAAAGGGUGUGAAGCGUUGGCCUCAGCUCUCAGCUCAAACUCCUCUCACCUGAGAGAGCUGGAUCUGAGUCACAAUGACCUGCAGGAUUCAGGAGUGAAGCUGCUCUCUGCUGGACUGGGGAAUCCACACUGUCAACUACAGAAACUGAAGCUGUCAUUCUGUAGAGUCACAGAGGAAGGCUGUGCUUCUCUGGCCUCAGCUCUAAGAUCAAACCCCUCCCACCUGAGAGAACUGGACCUGAGCUUCAAUCACCCAGGAGACUCUGGAGUGAAGCUGCUCUCUGCUAGACUGGAGGAUCCACACUGUAGACUGGAGAAACUCAAUGUGGACCAUAGUGAAGAGAUCUGGGUUAAAUCACAGCUGAUGAAGAAAUAUGCCUGUUAUCUCACACUGGACCCAAACACAGCACACAGAAACCUCUCUCUGUCUGAGGGGAACAGAAGGGUGAAGAGGGUUGAAGAGGAGCAGCCGUAUCCCGAUCAGCCAGAGAGAUUUGAUAUGUACGCCCAGGUGCUGUGUAGAGAGGGUCUGACUGGGCGCUGCUACUGGGAGGUAGAGUGGAGUGGGAUGGAGGCUACCAUAGGAAUGGCAUAUAAAGGCAUCAGCAGGAAAGGAAGACGUCGUGUCUGUAAGCUUGGAUACAAUGACGAGUCCUGGUGUCUGAUCUGCAAUCGGGAUGGUUACUCUGCCUUGCACAAAAAUGAAGAGACUGGUAUACCUGGCCAGCACCUCAACAACUCUCCCCAGAGAGACCAGUCCUCCUCCCGUCCACUCCCCAGAGUAGGAGUGUUUCUGGACUGGCCAGCUGGCACUCUGUCCUUCUACGAGGUCUUCUCUGACACAAUGACCCACCUGCACACUUUCCAGGCCACAUUCACUGAGCCCCUCUACCCAGGGUUUGCAGUUCAGCAUCCUCACACCUCCRUGUCCCUUGUGUUUGCCAGCAGUCCUGUACCACCAGAGGAACCUACAAUGGAGAUUAUUCCAGAUCUGAAGCUGUCCACCUCUGCAGCUGAUCCCAGAACUGUAGGGGCUCUCAUGCCACCCACAUCUGUAAGGGACUGAGGAGGAUCUUGUCCUGCUGGUUGGCAGUUCUUCUAGUACAUGGACAGAGAAAGCAUCAGGCACAAAAGACACUGGAAUCACAAAGGAAAAAGAUGCACUG